AUGGGAAAUUGGAACCAGACUUCUCUAACAGAAUUUAUUUUAACUGGACUUUCGCUGAACGUAGGGAUUCAACUAUUCCUUUUUGUUUUGUUUUUAUUAAUGUACAUAUUAACUGUUUGUGGGAAUAUUGUUUUAAUAUGUACAGUUAUAGUCAGCUCUCAUAUGCACACUCCGAUGUACUAUUUUUUAUGCAAUUUAUCAUUUCUUGAUUUGUUCUACAUAUCAAUUACUGUCCCAAAAAUGUUAUCUGACAUAUUUAUUAUAGGAGGGGGAAGAAUUUCAUUCAUUGGGUGCAUGAUACAAAUGGACAUCAGUCUUUUUCUGGGAGAAACUGAAUGUAUCCUGCUUGCCGUAAUGGCGUAUGAUCGCUAUGUAGCAAUAUGCCUUCCUCUGCAUUACAUGGUCAUUAUGAGCCGGAAGGUGUGUAAAAAUAUUACAAUUAUUAUGUGGCUGGGUUGCUUUACAUUAACUACUCUACCUUCCAUCUUAAAACCACUCACAUUCUGCUCUAGAAACAAGAUUAAUCAUUUCACCUGCGAGAGUUUAGCAAUUCUAGAACUUGCAUGCGGAGACACGUCAUUUCAUGAAACGCUGAUCUUUUUCGUAAGCAUAUUUACACUUUUAUCACCUUUUGCUUUCAUUCUCACAACAUAUCUCUGCAUUAUAAGAUCAAUAUUGAACAUAACAUCUGUGACUGGAAGGAAUAAGGCUUUUUCCACGUGUGCCUCCCAUCUGACUGUUGUAUUAAUGUUUUAUGGGACCAGCAUGAAUAUGUACAUGGGGCUCGGAAAAGCCUUUCCAGAGAGUCAAAAAUAUGUCAGCAUUAUUUAUGUUAUUGUAACUCCCAUGUUAAACCCUUUGAUUUACAGUUUGAGAAAUAAUGAUGUGAAAGUUGCAGUUAAAAAAAUGUUUGGUCAAUAA